AUACCCGAGCACGUUGUACAAGUCUUAUGAUUUGUACGACGAGGCUGAAAAUGCAUUGCGCACGUACAUUGACAAUGAAGAUGUAGUAAGAGAUGUCCAACGUGAAUGUGAAGUGGCUAUCCAUGAAAAUCAACCUCCGAAUAAUGUUCGUGGGGAAGAUGCAAUGGACAUUCCUCUAGCAGCCCCGGAAGUUGUUGGGCACAAUUACGAG